UCAACUUCCCUUGUAGCAUCUCAUAGACAGAGAAGGCAGAGAGACAAAAACCAUGGCCAUGGCCAAACUCAUGUGCUUAUGUUGCCUCCUCAUGGCUAUGGCAGUGGCCGUGUCGGCUGACGGCUGCGAGGGCGACCGGAAGGAUAUGAUCCGGGAGUGCGGCAAGUACCAGCAAUGGCCGGCGGAGCCGAAGAUGGAUCCGUCAGAUGCUUGUUGCGCCGUGUGGCAGAAGGCGGACAUCCCGUGUCUCUGCGCCGGUCUCACCGCGGAGAAAGAGAAGCUAUGGUGCAUGGACAAGGUCGCGUACGUUGCCAAUUUCUGCAAGAAGCCGUUCGCGCAUGGCUACAAGUGUGGAUCCCACACAUUUCCUCUUCUGGGGCAAUAAUGAUGCAAGUUUAGUUGUCGGAGGAGAAGCGUCGGCUGGGAUGUAGCUACUAGUGUGUGCCAUCACUAGAACUUCCGAUUCCAUACAUCUAAUCUAUGAAGUUGUGCUUAAAAUAGAUUAUGUUUAGCCCUCCGUAUGGGAAUAAUUGUGAAAUUAAUAAAGCCUGCUCCUCAGAUUA